AUGGAGGAGCAAAUGAUGAUGAUGGAAGCAGGAGGGGUAGGAGGUGGAGAAAUAAUAAUGGAUAAGGGGAAUAUCUCGAAUGUGUCCAAUGGACCAGAGGAGAGCUAUGUGAUUCAGGAACUGAUGGAUGUGAUUGAGACCGUUGGAUUGUUCACAGAUUUCAGAAGGACGCAGAAGAAGGAGAGCUUCAAUCUUGUGAGGCGUAUGAAGCUGCUGGUGCCUCUGUUGGAAGAAAUCUGUGAGUUUGAUGGGCCGGUUCCAGAUGCUGCUAUGAAAUGUUUGAGCGAUUUGAAGAAGGCACUCCUUUUUGCAAAGAAAUUGUUGAAAUGUUGUCAUGAUGGAAGCAAAAUAUAUCUGGCAUUUGAGAAUGAGGCAGUCAUGGGAAGAUUCCAUGCUACUUAUGACAAAAUAAAUCAGGCUUUGGAGGGUAUGCCUUAUGAUGAGCUUGAGAUAUCAGAUGAAGUGAAAGAACAAGUGGAGUUAAUGCGCGUACAACUUAAAAGAGCAAAGAAGCGGACAGAUACUCAAGAUAUAGAGCUUGCAAUGGAUAUGAUGGUUAUCUUCCCUAAAAAAGAAGAUAGGAAUGCAGACAGUGCCAUACUAGAAAGGCUAGCACACAAGUUGGAGUUGCAUAGUAUUGCAGAUUUGAAGGCAGAAACAAUAGCUAUAAGGAAACUUGUCAAAGAAAGGGCUGGGCAGAAUACAGAAAGCACUCAACAGAUACUGGAUGUUUUGAGCAAAUUCAAACAAAUUGCUGGGGUCGAAGAGCACAAUUUGUUUAAUGAAUCUUCUGUGCCUAAAACACUUGAGAAGUCCCCUUCUUUGGUUAUCCCUCAUGAAUUCCUUUGCCCCAUCACACUCGAGCUUAUGACAGACCCUGUUAUUGUGGCAACUGGACAGACUUAUGAAAGAGAAAGUAUACAGAAAUGGUUGGAUUCAAACCACCGAACUUGCCCAAAGACUGGACAGAUUUUGGUUCACUUGGCUCUCGCACCAAACUUUGCCCUCCGCAACCUUAUUCUACAUUGGUGUGAGAAGAAUAAUGUUGAAUUACCUAAAAAGGAAGUUAAUCUUGGCUCAGAUAGCUCCAUUGAACAUAAAGAAGAAAUUGUUUCCUUGGUCAAAAAUCUAUCAUCGAGUCAAUUGGACGUGCAGAGAAAAGCUGUGACCAAGAUCCGUAUGCUCUCUAAAGAGAACCCUGACAAUAGAGUCUUGAUUGCUCGCAGUGGAGGAAUUCCCCUUCUAGUUCAGCUUCUGUCUUAUCCAGAUUCCAAAAUCCAAGAGCACACUGUGACAGCACUAUUGAAUCUUUCCAUUGAUGAGUCAAACAAGAGGCUGAUAGCUAGGGUGGGAGCCAUUCCAGCUAUAAUUGAAGUCUUGCAACAUGGAACCAUUGAAGCUAAAGAGAACUCUGCAGCAACAUUGUUUAGUUUGUCGAUACUGGAUGAAAAUAAAGUGGCAAUUGGAAAUGCAGAUGGUAUCCCACCUUUAGUAGAUCUCUUGCAAAAUGGUACAAUUAGAGGUAAAAAGGAUGCUGCCACUGCACUCUUUAACUUAUCUCUAAACCAGGCAAAUAAGGCUAGAGCGAUUAAGGCAGAUAUUGUUAAACCAUUGCUUCAAUUACUCACUGACAAGAAUUUGGGCAUGGUUGAUGAGGCCCUCUCAAUCUUGUUACUCCUUGCAUCACAUCCCGAAGGGAGGAAUGCGAUUGGACAGCUCUCUUUCAUUGAAACUCUUGUUGAAUUCAUUAGAGAUGGAGCCCCCAAGACCAAAGAGUGUGCUAUAUCAGUUCUUCUUGAGUUGGGGUUGCACAAUUCUUCUUUCAUUUUGGCUGCACUUCAAUUUGGUGUGUAUGAACAUUUAAUGGAAAUCUCAAGGAGUGGAACCAGCAGAGCCCAAAGGAAAGCAAAUUCCCUUUUACACGUAAUGAGUAAGUGCGAACAGAUUCCUUGAAGUUUGAAAGUAAUAGAUUCAAUGUU